CAUUCCUCACCAAUUCCCACACUGACAUGAGGUCAUAUGCUUAAACCUAGCAGCAAAUAUAUAUAGCACAACAGGCAAGUGGCAUCACUCAUUUUCUGAGACAAGCACUCUGAAAUAAUCCAAUCUAAAGAAUCAACGCUUUACAUACUUUACACAUUGCUUGGGUUCAAGAAGAGACACAAUGGGGUUUACGUCAAAAUUACUGAUAAUUACACUGGCCAUACUGCUUGUUACUGUACCUGUAACUAUAAGUGCUGAGAAUACAACAUCAACAACAACUGCUGAACCAACAACAACAACUGCGGAAUCAACAACAACUACUGGAACCUCAACAACUGCAGCAGUAACUACAACAACUGCAGCAACAACCACGACAACUGCUGAAUCAACAACAGCUGCAGCAGUAACUACAACAACUGCAGCAACAACCACAACAACUGCUGCAGGAACCACAACAACCGGUGCGGGAACCACAACAACUGCAGCAGUAACUACAACAACUGCAGCAACAACCACAACAACUGCUGAAUCAACAACAGCUGCAGCAGUAACUACAACAACUGCAGCAACAACCACAGCAACUGCUGCAACAACCACAACAACUGCUGCAGGAACCACAACAACCGGUGCAGGAACCACAACAACUGCAGCAGUAACUACAACAACUGCAGCAACAACCACAACAACUGCUGAAUCAACAACAGCUGCAGCAGUAACUACAACAACUGCAGCAACAACCACAGCAACUGCUGCAACAACCACAACAACUGCUGCAGGAACCACAACAACCGGUGCAGGAACCACAACAACUGCAGCAGUAACUACAACGACCGGUGCAGGAACCACAACGGCUGUUGCAGGAACCACAACGACUGUUGCAGGAACCACAACGACUGCUGCAGGAAACACAACUACUGCUGCAGGAAACACAACAACUGCAGCAGGAAACACAACAACUGCUCCAGGAACAAUAGCUACUACUGCUCAGCCACUCACUUCCAAUAAGUUCACUUUUAAAACCGAUGAGAUUUUUACCUCCGACUUACUGAAUUCAUCAUCUCCAGGAUAUAAAGCUCGAUCCACAAAAGUUAACAACACCUUUGACCCUUUCUUCAGAGCGAAAUUUCCCCAAUCAUAUCAUGGUCUGAAUGUGACUGGAUACGGAAAAGGAUCCAUAAUCAACAAUGUGACGGCGUUUUUCUUGUCUACAACUGCUCCCAGUAAUGAUCAAAUUCAAGCCUUUCUGAUUGAUAUAGCUAAAAACAUCACAGACUUUAACAUCACUGCAAUUUUCUUGGAUGUCACCCAAGCAUCAAGUGGAGUAAGCUACCAGACCAGUCUCAUCACUGCAUCCUUCAUGAUGCUGCUGUCAUGGCUGCUAUCAAACCAGCGAUAGUGCCAGUGCUACUCUCCAUGUGAAAUCAAAGAAUUACUGGCAUCUUCAAAUUUGGGAUGAUGACACACAAAGGUUGAACAGCAACUACACAUUUAGCUGACAGAUGUUACACAAGUUGUUUGUUUCCCUGUGACGUUCCAUGAAUCCCAUCCACUAAGGAAAACAAAUCAAACAACUAAAACAAUAUUAUUUUAAGUAGGUGUAGGUACAAAAGCUGUGUUUCAUGAUUGUUUUGCAUCAUGACUUAAUAAAAAAAUGUAAUUAUUAGACUCAUAUGUAUGUAUUUCAGUUUUUAAAUAAUUAAAAUGGUUGUGUAUAUCACUGUAAAAUGGAAAAACUGUUAUUAAAGGCAAUGAAGACACACUAUGGAUAUCACA